AUGUCAUCCGCCGAAGAAAUGAAAAUGAGUGUUUUUACAGAAAAUUCUUCAAAAUCACCAAAAAUUACAUCUUCAACAAAAGAGGAAACUCAAACUAGUCCAUCCCUCACAACACAGACCACACCAAAAUCUACUAAUCCAAACCAACAAAAUAACGUUAAUUCUUCCUCGCCUAGUAAUUCAAUUUCUGCUUCAUCAACACCUCAAACAACGCCGAGUGGUAAACCUCCAGUAGGUAGUGAUGAAUGGCAUAGGCAACGUCGUGAAAACCAUAAAGAAGUAGAACGUCGUCGCCGUGAUACUAUCAACGCUGGUAUCAAUGAAUUGGCAAAAAUUGUGCCUGGUUGUGAGAAAAACAAAGGCAGCAUUCUUAAUAGAGCAGUUCAAUAUAUCCAACAACUCAAAGAAAAUGAAGCUACCAAUAUCGAAAAGUGGACGUUGGAGAAGUUAUUAACAGAUCAAGCUAUUCAAGAAUUACAAGCACAAGUUGAACUUUUAAAGGCUGAAAAUGGAAGGCUCAGAGAAGAAUUAGACGAAUUACAAAAUCCAGCAAAAAAGAAACAGCGAACCGAAUGA